AUGGCAGAACCACAGCGAAGAAAACUCAUAAUAAAGCUUAUCUUGCCACGUUCUCUGAAGCGUGCACCACCGUCUGAGGAGCUUCCAAGUUCUCAUGACGAGAAGAGGAUGAAGGUGAGUUCUCCAAACCCCUUGAGGAGCCACGAAACCACUGUAAAAGAAAAGAGUGAGACAAAGUACUCUAAUACUGUCAAAGAAACAUCAAAAUUUGAUAAAACAGAUUCAAGAAUCGUGUCUGAAGAGCAAGAACUGAAGCACAAGAAGAAGUUUUCUGAUUCUUGUGACGUGACAUCAUUGAGGAGUACUAUAACUAGAGUCCCUACUAAGGGUGACACUGAAUUUGAAAACUCAAGGGCUGGUUCAAGAAUUUCAAGAACCAGGACUGAGGAAAAGGGUGUGCGUGUAGAGUGCAAUAAGGAGGAAGGGAAGAGGCCAAGGGUGGUGCAGCACGUGAUGAUGAUGGAUCGUUGCAAGAAGAUGCAGUGUUGGGUGAUGUUGAAGCGUUUGAUGGUGGGAAGAGAUGGUUGGGCUUUCAAACAGCUUCUUCUUGAUCAUAAGGUUUUGAACAUUCUUAAUCAUAACCGUGAGGCCAUGAGAAAGCCAAAGAGUUAUGUUGAUAAGUGCAAAUUGAUGAAGAAGCCAAAGGGUUUGGAGGGUGAUGUUGACAAGUGCGAAUUGAAGAAGAAGCCAAUAGGUUUGGAGGAUAUUGAGUCGAAGUUGAAGAAGUGGGUGUACUUAGAACCUGAUGAGUUUGCAAAUGAUAUAAGGCUUGUGUUCUCUUAUGCAUUGCAAUACCCUCCAAGGAGUGAGGUUCACAAAGUUGCAAGGAGGCUUAGUGACGAUUUUGAGGUUGGUUGGAAAACCUUGAAGGAGAAGUGGGCACGUGAGGACAGAGAAAGGAAGAAGAAUCGUAGGAAUGGGCCUUCAAAAGAUGAUGAUGAUGAUGGAGAAGUUCAUGUUCAACAUUAUGAAUAUCCUUCAAAACGUUGCUAG